GUUAGUGCUGCCGUCUAUGUGAAGGCCUGUCAGGUGUAACUGGUCCAACCGUCUUUUGUUCGUCAUUUCUAUAGUCACCGGAAUGUGAUAUGCCAUAAUUCACACUUGUGUAGAAUGCAAAUGGUAUUGAUCUUCGACCAAAAUACGACACAAAAUAAAUGUUUUACUCCAAAAGCGGUCAUAACUCUUUGGAAUAGAACUUUCCCAAAAUAAACAUGCAAUUUCGGUACACGAUAACCGUCAGUGGUUUGGGCCCUAAUCUAUAAGCAAAUAUUAUUAACUGUGUCAAUAUUCCAUCUUCAUCCCAAACAUAAACAUACAAUCCAAACAGAAUAAAGACAGACGAUAAAAAAUAGGAAGUGACUUGUAGGUUCUCCAAAAGGUUUUUACGUGAACUAUUCCGGUGUGUUACGCGCUGUGAAUACCAAGGGGGUGAGUAGUAACGGACCAACUAUCGACUGGUUGUGUGCCGCGCUCUAUAGGCAUGCCCUCACCACUGACUCAGUUCCAGCCAGUUGUUUCGUGUUGAAUGUUCGUUAGGUCGACGUGGAGCCUGCUGAUUGCCAUGGUUACGCUCAUUUUCGGAGACCUUAAUGCUCGGACAAGAGGCAAGACGACCAUGUAGGUCGCCAUAGCAACUAUGUGACAAUUGUGCAACUGUGUGUAUGAAUAUGAAUCUGUUCAGGCGGGGGAUGAUUUUCGUGACGUUUUUGGGGUCGUGUCUGGGAAUAGCGCUGGUGGUGGCAGCACUGGGAACCAAGUUUUGGAUUGUAGCACGUGCCCGUCGGGUCUCGAACCCGGAGGAAUCGGAUGGAAGAAUCCACUUCGGACUGUUCGAUGGGAAGAAGGAGUUGAACGUGGCCUAUGGCUGGAGGACGUAUGACGUCAGCGUGCUCGAGUUGAUGCGAACAGACCACGAGUUCCUCCUCUAUGGGCUGUGGGUUGCUGCAAUCGCCUGCAUAGCAGGAGCCCUGCUAUUUGCUGGUCUGUCUGCUAUUUUUGCUGUAAUCAACACUGCCACGACCCCUAUUGGAACAGUUACUGGAGUUCCAGGACUCUAUUUGUGGAACUCUCUGGCAAUGUUCUUUGACAUGUGCGCAGUCAGUCUCUGGGCUGUGCAGUUCUACCAGAAGCUGCAGCACAACGUGAUGAGUCGAGAGGACCGAGACAACAUGUGGAGCUCUGCCAACAUGGCACACUAUGGCUAUUCUUUCUGGCUUGUGGUGGGGGCAGUAGUGGUGCACGUCAUCAACAUUACUGCCAUCUACAUCGGCACACAUGAGGCUCGUGAGAAGACGACACCACAGCCAGUGAUGGAAGAGAAGUCCAACGGUGCCAUCAUGUUGUAUUAGUACGAAGAACAACUGAAUGUGUAUGUUGCACACAAGUCUUGUGAAACCAACGAAUCAGUGAGCUUUCAGUGAAGUGUUCGCAAAGCAGGGUUAAUUAAAAUACCUGCUGUGUUUAAUGUAAACUUUUUCACAUAUACCAUGACUUACCAGACAGUUCUCAGUUCCUACCCUUUUACUGCACCACUGUACCUUGGAAGUGGUUACCGAAUAGCUAGUUUCGAUUUGAAUUACCAUCAUACACUUCAAUAGACUUGAAGCAAAUGUACUUUUUAACAAACUUGUCUAAGCGGAUACUUUAGAAACUGAUAGUUGCUCAGGUGGUCAAGCUAUUCCCUACCAGUUAUGGAACCCAGAAGAUGAUUACUUAAGCCAGUUAAAACCAAUCACAACUCUUAUUUCUUCAAAGCGCUUUCUCCCAUUAGUUUGUAUGUUCAAGGGCAGUGGUUGAUAAACUGCAGCCUCUGUAAGUAAUUUUACUUCCAAUUUAAAUAUAAGAUAAUAAUAAACAUAUGCUACUGAUUUUAUAAAUAAUAGCUAGCAACACUAAAAUACUUAAUAAUGAAGAGCAGUCAAACCUCAAUUUCAUGCCGUCCGUACACCACCACCCAGGAAAGCAUAUUGACAGAAAUUCGCUAUGUAAUCCCAAAGGGAAUCCUCCCCUGGUAAAGUACAACCCCCACUAGCCACCAUCUGUGGCAACAUGAAUGCACCGUUGAGCAUUUCAAUCAAGUCUGAUACAUUAGUGUGCCAUUUUGUUUAUACUGGCUAUACAGACAACUCCCAGGAAUAUUCAGUUGUAAAAUUACUUUAUGCUGGUGACUGCUGCAAAACAAAUAAAACCUAUUCAGGCUUUAAAAAGAAAAUCCACUGCAUACAGCACCUCGGGGAGGAUGAUGGAUCGUUACUUGGUGGUAUAAAUGGUGACAUAAAUCCAGACUGUUACAGUAAAUGAACCUGCUAAUGGAGGGGCACUGACUUGAAAAUGGACACAUUACCCAGCAUCAGUUACAUAAGGUAACUGUUCAAUUGAAAUUUUUCAUGUAUUUUUUAAUUUGUAAUAAAUUACAUAAAACUUC